AUGUUAUCGAUCAAAUCUAAUGAUCCAUCUUCAAGUCCAACUCAUCAUCAUUCUUUAAACCAUCAUCAUUCGAUCAAAUCCACCAAAUUCAAUCCAUCCAAACCCUUGAAUGAUUCUUCAUUUGAUGAUCAACUUCAUUUUAUUCAAGAAGAUACCAAACGAAUCGAAAGAAUCGUAUUUGAAUUUAAUCAAAUGCUUUAUUUGGUGUCUAAAGCUUCAGAUUUGAAUUAUGUUUCUAAUCUGAAACCACGCAUCGAUCAAAUCACUCAAGUCUUACAUCGUCAAUUAGAUUCAUUACUUGGAAACAUUUUAAUCUCACCUAAAUCUGAUUUGAACAAAAAAGAUCGAUUGAUGGAAUGUUUAAGAGCUUAUGAAACUUUAGGAGCUGUUAAAGAAGCUGAAGAGUUGAUCAAACAAGAAUUAGUGUUGCCUGGAUUAAGAAAGUUGAUUCAUCAAAACUCUUUGAAUUCGGGUUCAAGAUCACCUGUUUUACCUAGAUCACCAGAAUCUACAAGGUUUCCAAACUGCCAUCGACCAUCUUCUCCAUCUUCUUCGAAACAAUUCUUACCAUCAUUAUCAUUCACACCUUUACCAUUACCUGAAGAUCCUGAAUUGGUUCCAUUACCAUUAAUGUAUAAUAAGAUCUUAGCUUUCAUUACUCGUGAUUUACAUUUAGUUAUAGAUAUUGCUGAUCGACAAAUCUCCGGUAUAAAACAUUCUAAUCAUCCUAACACUGAAGAAAAAACUUUAAAUCCAAAAUCAAAAUCAUAUGAAGUUUUAAUCAAUUCAAUCAUUUCACCAAUCUUACAAUCAAUUUCAAAUACAUUAGGACCUCAAAACUUAUUCGCAUCUGGUAAUCCCAUGAACUUUCAUCGAAAUUAUUCGACUACCACUCUUUUCCUUAACCAAUUAGAAUCUUUUUGUUUUACAAAUCGCCAAUUGAUUUCACUUAGAUCUCAUCAAGAUUGGAUUGAAUUUAAAAACCGUUGGCAAACAGCUGUUUAUGCUCAGAUCCGUACUAAAGAAACGAUUGGUAGGGUUGAAGAAGGUUUAGCGGACGGAAAGGCUGAGGCAAAUGUUGGGAGUGGGUAUCUUUUGAGGGCGACGGAAACGAUUGGGACGGUGCUUGAGACUCUUUGGCGUGAUGAUGUGUUUUUGGUGGAUCUGACUCAUCGGUUCUGGAGGUUAACCUUGAUGUCAUCAAUCUUCCAACAAUCGAAGCUCAUCAGACUUCAAUCGGGUCAGUCUACUACACACAUAAAAAACCCACUCCAUCGUGAUCGAAAUAAAACCCCGAGAGUGGACAGACACGGUACUGAUUGUACUCCAUUAGGAAACUCUACGAAUGAAGAAAUAAGUGAAGAUGAAAGUUUAAAACAAAUGUCAAGGAUUAUGUUGGAUAUUGGAAAUUUGAAAUCAAAGGUGAUCUGUUUGUUUAAGCAAUCGAUUGAAAUCAAAUUACCUAAAGUGAUCAUUGGUCCGAAUGGAUUGAGUCCUGAAGAUAUUUUGAUGGGAAUUUUAGAAAAAUCAACUAAAUUCAUACCCGAACUCAUUACCAAUACAUCUACAAUCAUCAUCAAAAGGUGUUCAGAAAAACUAAGGUUAAUCAGAUCGAUUGGAUCGACUGUAAGAUUAAAUAAAAAAGUACCAGUGACGUUUAAUUAUUUUAUACCUGAGAUUUUAAAACCAUUAAAAGUUUAUAUAGAAAAAAUCCAAUUAUUAGAAAAGAUGAAUGAACAAGAAGAAGUUUUAGAUCAGAUUAAACGUCAUUCAAUUGAAGAAGUAGGUCAAAGGUAUUUACAAAUCUUGAUGAAUUUACAAAAAAGUGAAGAGUCUUUAAAGAAAUUAAAAAAAGGUAAAAAAGGAUUUAAUUUGUUUGGUACUACUACUACUACUAGUCACCAACUUGGAAAAGGGGCGGAAGAAGAAGAUGUGAAUGAAAGGAAUGUUAAGGUUCAGAUUAGGUUAGAUGUGAAUAGGUUUUUGGAGGAUUUAGGUGACUUUGGAUGUAGGUUUGAUGAGUUUAAAUGUUUGAUUGAAUUGAAAAAAAUGGUGGAAGGAUAA